GCGAAACCUGAUUCUGGAAUUGGAUUCCCGGGGGCGCUUGAGCUUAUCAUGCAGUGUAAGAAUCGCGGGCUUAAGGUGGCUGUUGCAUCUAGUGCUGAUCGUAUCAAAGUGGAUGCGAAUUUGGCGGCUGCUGGCUUGCCCGUCUCUAUAUUUGAUGCGAUUGUUUCUGCGGAUGCGUUUGAGAACCUAAAACCUGCUCCAGAUAUUUUUUUAGCUGCAUCAAAGAAGUUGGAUGUACAUCCUAGCGAGUGCCUAGUGAUUGAAGAUGCUCUUGCUGGAGUUCAGGCGGCCAAAGCUGCACAAAUGAGAUCUAUUGCUGUGACUACUACACUAUCUGAGGAGAAAAUGCUGCAAGCUGGUCCUUCUCUCAUCAGAAAAAAUAUUAGAGAUAUUUCAAUCAAUGACAUUCUUGACGGUGGACAUCCUGAUGCUUAUAAUAAGAUGAUGCAAAAUCUUCCGGAUAUUAACUUCCGAGAGCCUACUUCUUCAGAAGCACUGAAUAAAAAAGUAAGCAUUGAAGGUGUUCAGUAUAUGAAGUCCAGUCCCGAGGAAGUCCAGUUCUUUAGAAGGUUGCUGGGUUCUCGGAGAGAUAUCUUAAGAUAUGGAAGCCUGGGAAUUUCUAUUUCUUGUCUCUUUUUCGCUGUCUCUAAUUGGAAGGCAAUGCAGUAUGCAUCUGUGAAAGGUGUCUUUAAUCUGUUCUCUGGGGGUAAAAGUUUGAUGUUCAGUCAGAAGGAAGGACAACCUGGUUCGUCAAGAGUACAGCAACUCAAAAGUUAUCUAGCUGAUCUAGAGGACAGGGGUUCUGCUUCAGAUGUGCCUGAGUUUCCUGCUCAGCUUGAUUGGCUGAACACUGCACCACUUCAGUUCCAUAAGAAUUUGAAAGGGAAGGUGGUCUUGCUAGAUUUUUGGACAUAUUGCUGUAUAAACUGUAUGCAUGUCUUGCCAGAUCUCGAAUUCCUUGAAAAGAAAUAUGCUGAUAAGCCGUUCACAGUUAUUGGGGUACAUUCCGCAAAAUUUGAUAAUGAAAAAGAUCUUGAAGCCAUUCGCAACGCUGUCUUGCGCUACAAUAUAACACACCCAGUUGUUAAUGACAGUGAUAUGUAUUUAUGGAGAGAACUAGGAGUGAAUUCUUGGCCUACUUUUGUUGUUGUUGGUCCCAAUGGAAAGCUCAUAGCUCAAGUAGCAGGUGAAGGUCAUCGCAAGGAUCUUGAUGAUUUGAUAGAUGCAGCUCUUCAAUUUUACGGGGAGAAGAAAAUAUUGGACAAUGCUCGUAUUCCUUUGGCGCUAGAAAAGGAUAAUGAUCGUCGCUUGCUGUCCUUUCCAUUAAAAUUCCCGGGGAAGCUUGCGAUUGAUGUGCUAAAUGAUAGACUGUUUAUUUCAGACAGUAAUCACAAUCGCAUUGUGGUCGCAAAUCUGGAUGGAAAUUUUAUAGUUCAAGUUGGGAGUAAUGGAGAAGAGGGUUUAGCUGAUGGCAACUUUGAUGAUGCUUCUUUUAAUCGCCCUCAAGGUGUUGCAUACAACCCAAAGAAGAACCUAUUGUAUGUUGCAGACACUGAAAACCAUGCCUUGAGGUAUGUAAUGGAAAUAGAUUUUGUCAAGGAGACAGUAAGGACACUUGCUGGAAAUGGAACCAAAGGUUCUGACUAUAAAGGAGGAGGAAAAGGGACUGCUCAGGUCCUAAAUUCUCCAUGGGAUGUCUGCUAUGAUCCCAAGAGUGAGGUUGUUUACAUUGCAAUGGCUGGCCAGCAUCAAAUAUGGGAAUACAAUACAAUAGAUGAAGUUACCAUAGCUUUUAGUGGUGACGGAUAUGAAAGAAAUAUGAAUGGUUCAAGUUCAACAAGCACAUCAUUUGCACAGCCUUCCGGGGUGUCAUUAUCUUCCGAUUUUGGUGAGAUGUAUGUAGCUGAUAGUGAAAGUAGUUCCAUUCGAGCAAUUGAUUUGAAAACGGGAGGGUCAACACUGCUUGCUGGAGGCGAUCCAUUAUUCCCAGAAAACUUAUUUAGGUAUGGAGAUCAUGAUGGAAUAGGCUCAGAUGCACUUUUCCAGCAUCCUUUGGGCAUCGCUUGUGGAAAAGAUGGUCAAAUUUAUAUAACAGAUUCUUAUAAUCACAAGAUCAAGAAGUUGGACCCUGUGAGUAAAAAAGUUGUCACUUUAGCUGGGACUGGAAAUGCUGGAUAUAAGGAUGGAUUAGCCCAGUCAGCUCAGUUAUUUGAGCCAUCAGGGAUUAUUGAAGCUGGGAAUGGAAGGUUUCUCAUAGCAGAUACAAAUAAUAAUGCUAUCAGAUGUUUGGACUUGAAUGGAAAAGAACCUGUUCUGAGCACAUUAGAACUGAAAGGCGUGCUGCCACCAUCAUCAAAACCUAAAUCGCUCAAACGACUUAGAAGGCGGCUAUCUGCAGAUACAAAAAUCAUUACAAUUGAUGGAGGCUCCUCUGCAGAAGGUUACUUCUAUCUUGAUAUUUCAGUGCCUGACGGUUACCAUUUCUCCAAGGAAGCCCAGAGUAAAUUUGAUGUUGAAGUUGAUCCUGUAGAUGCAGUUAAUAUUGAACCCUCAAUUGGUGUUAUAAGCACUGAAGGAUCAACGUCACUUCAUUUCAAGAGAACUUCCUCAAUGCCGGCAACAGGGAGAAUAAACUGCAAGGUUUAUUACUGCAAGGAGGAUGAGGUUUGCCUGUACCAGGCUCUGGCUUUUAAUGUAUCAUUCCAGCAAGGAAUACAAGAUUCUGAACCAGCAAAAACCUCUCUCACUUAUAAGAUAACGCCCAAAGUCCCCUCAGGUACAUCACAGCUUCUCCUAAGCAAUUAGAUCUUACCUAAGUGUAACAUGAAUGUGUAAAUUGUUCUGUUUCAUAAGCAUAUCUUUGAUUAAUGCAACAUUUCAAUUAUUUGAUUUGAAAUUUCAUUGUGUGGCUAUACAUUUA